AUGCCCCUCGACGCGCCCACCUACACGUACAAGUUCCUCAAGAGCCACACCGUCGGCAUCGUCGGGUGCCCUUUCUCAGGCGGCCAGCCCCGCGCAGGCGUCGACACCGGUCCCCUCGAGCUCAUCGAGAGCGGCCUUGUCCAGGACAUCGAGGCUCUUGGAUGGAAGGUCGACUUUGCGGGCGCAGACACGCUCGUCUCGCCGCUUGUCGCCGACGGACCCGACCCCGACAUUGGCAAGCUGAAGAAGCCCCGGCUCGUGUCCAACGUCAACAAGCAGGUCGCUGAGCGCGUCUACAAGCAUGCGGGCGCUGGAGAGCUUACUGUCACUCUCGGCGGCGACCACUCGCUUGCUAUGGGAACCGUCAGCGGCACCUUCAAGGCGCACCCGGACGCUGCGCUCAUCUGGAUCGACGCUCACGCCGACAUCAACACGCCCCUUACGACUCCCUCGGGCAACCUCCACGGCUGCCCCGUCUCGUUCCUCAUGGGUCUCCCCGGCACCUCGAAGGAAGAGAUCCCCGAGUUUGGCUGGAUCGAGCCCGUUCUCAAGCCCAACCGCCUUGUCUACAUCGGUUUGAGGGACAUCGAUGAGGGAGAGAGGAAGAUCCUGAAGGAGAACAACAUCAAGUCAUUCACGAUGCACCAUGUCGACCGCUACGGCAUCGGCAAGGUCGUCGACAUGGCCCUCGACCACGUCGGCAGGGACCGCCCGAUCCACCUCUCGUUCGACGUCGACGCCUUCGACCCCGCUGUCGCUCCCUCGACCGGUACCGCCGUCCGUGGUGGUCUCCAGUGGCGCGAGGGUCUCUGCGCCGUCGAGAUGAUUGCCGAGACUGGCAACCUCGUCUCGCUCGACAUCAUGGAGAUCAACCCGUCCAUCUCGUCGACGGAAAACGACGUCAAGCAGACCGUCGACGUCGGCCGCGCGCUCGUCCGCGCCGCCCUCGGCGAGACGCUCCUCUAG